UGUAAAUACUUAAGAGUGGCAAUAUUAACAAAAGUUGGUGUGUGAAUUUUGCAUUUUGUGAUUUUUGCGUAAAUUUUAAUUCAACAUUUUCAACCUUGACAGUUUCUGAAAGGGAAUGACUACCACAAUCUCUGAAGAGUUUCCGAAUCCGGAAAAGAAGUCACUCGAUCAGCUAGUCUUUCGCUUAUCAGCGGAAGAUGGAUUGGCACCCCGUUUCAUACCAGCUUUGCACAAACAUUGGGCGCCUCGAGAAAAUUUUACCAUUUAUGUAGGUUUACUGACACAAUAUGGUCGCGCAAAAAGUGGCGUUGAACUUGACGAGUGGCAGUACAAUUCAAACUGUUUUUGCAAUGAUAUGAACUUCUUGCUAAAUUGUCACCAUCACGAAUUUUGGUCGUAUAUGGUGUUCCAGAAGACAGCAUUGGCGGCGGUCGUUUCCUUCUUACAACGGUCAACGCCAUUUUAUUUAAACGUUUGGACACAGUUGGUUUCCCAACAAACAAUUAUUGAUUUAUACGAACAGAUACUGCAACUUGUGCUGCGUAUCGUAUGUCGUCUCAUUACCAAUCGCGAGUCUGAUGAAGCAUGGCUAACUAUUGAGCAUCAGCGCGAACUCAUUUACAAAAACUUUUUAAUAUCAGUGCCAAUGUUAUUCGAUCUGCUUAUGGCUGUAGGGGAUGCCGAUGCGCAAAACACUGCCGUGCUCCGACGAAUUUUCGAUUCAAUCUUGCGCAUUGAACCAAAUUAUAAGAAGGAUCUUUUAGCUGCGUCUGCAUUUUUCCGCACCGCUUUUCGCAGUAUACAAACGCAAGCGGAGAAUGAAGGUUUCGAGGGUGCAGGUGGAGGAGAUUUGGAUGAAAAUGCUGAAACGCCGUACGAUGAUGUUGCGCUAUAUACAUUAGAUUGUGCCUACUCACUGAGUGUGCUGCUAGAAGUCUGCCCAGAAGUGCAGUCUAUGUGUACUGAAAUUAAAUUAGGACAGAGUAUUGCACAGUUCUAUGAUAAUACUAUUCCAUUUUUGUACAAAAAUAUAUUCCUCAUAAAUGAGGCCGCUUCGAGUUUGGGCUGGCUUAAUCUGGCACGUUUACAAUACCUAAAGGCCUUUCGCAGCAUUACUUGCAGUUUCAUUGAAGCAGUAAUGGCGAAUCCAGCCACAAGUAUUACAAUGGCAGAACAAUUUAUAGGACUACUCACUGAGUGCCUAUCUGAACAGAUUUUCGUAAACGACUAUGGCCGGUUAUAUCCUGUAGAGCUAGAUGUGGAUAUACUGAAACAAGCCUGUAAAGAAUUGGACGACUAUAAAGCUUCGUUCAUUGUGCAAGGCUAUAAACAGGAAUCAAAACCUACUGGCAAAAAAAUCAAUUCGAGAACUAAUAAAGCACAAAAUUCAGGGAAAUCCCAUAAGAAAAACUCGCCAGCAAAUAGCAAUUCCAAUGUCACAACUGCUACCAACCUUAGUAACGAACGUGAUAUAGAUUUAGAAGUUACUUCAGUAUUGGAUGUGCUACCUCACUUGGGUACCGGUUUUGUGCGUCGUGUACUUUCACGUUAUGAUAACAGUGAAGAGGCGAUCACUGCCAUACUUGAAGCGAACUUACCACCCGAUCUAGUGAAUGCUGACCAAUCGGAAAUAUAUAUACCACCCGAUCCGCAAGAUAAAACUUAUCAACAAACUGGUGUUAAACAUUUUAAUGUUUACGAUGGCGAUCAGUAUGAUGUUAUGACACAGGACAAUCCAAAGUGCAUCAUAAAACAGGGUAAAGGUAUGCCAAAUGCACCGAAAAAUGCUGCACAACUACUGGAUGAUAAGAGUGAUUUAGCACAAAUUAAAUCACGUUACCAAGCUUAUUCACUAGUCAGUGAAGGUGAAAGUAGUAACGAUGAAUACGAAGAUGAAUAUGAUGACAGCUAUGAAGCGUUAUUGGAAAGUGAAACGCGAGUUGUUAAAUCGAAACAGUUCAAAGCUGGAUUAGCGAAUGUUGAAGACUUUUCCGAUGAUGAAAGUGAGGAUGACGACGCAGCCACCGACGAUAAAACAAAGUCCGAAACGCAAUCGGGACACAAUAAACAAUUAAAUUUCUGCGAGAAUCCCGAGGAUGUCCGAGCUCGUUACGAGGCGCGUCGGCAGGCUAAAUGGGGUAACCGUAAUCAGGGCGGAGCUACAGAUUAUAACAACAAGGCACGACAUGUCGUUGGCGCGCCAAAGGGACAAGGUCAAGACAAAGACACUUUACGUAAUCGUGACAAAAAAGAAAAGAAUAAGUCAAUGCGCGCAAAUCACAACCGCAAAGCGGGUGCAUCAUUUAAACGUAGCAGAGGAAUGAUGGGUUAGAUGUGUCUAUAUUGGGGAUUUUCACUCGUUACAGAGUAAUAAUGAUAUUUAUUAUAUAUGUAUGAGUGUUUGAAAUGCUCCUGAAAAAAUUUUGAUGUGAUAUUUGUGUUUGAAAAUCAAAAUUUGAAAUGAAUUUGAAAAAGAAAAUAA